ACCAUGAAGUUCUCCACAGCUCUCAGCGUUGCCCUAGCCGCUGAAGCCGUCAAUGCAGCAGCCCUCCAGCCCCGACAUUGGUCCUCUGACUGGCAGUAUGUGCGCCAGACCGUCAACUAUCAGAGCAACGCCGGCCUCAGCGAUGUCAGCUCCGACCAAAUCCGCUGCUACACCUCGGGCAUGAAGUCUGCGCAAACGACAAGCGUUGCUGCUGGUUCCAGCGUCGGCUUCAAAGCGAGCCCGAAUAUCUUCCACCCAGGGCCCCUGCAAUUUUACAUGGCCAAGGUGCCGGCGGGCAAGACGGCGGCGGAUUGGGACGGCACUGGGAAUGUGUGGUUUAAGAUUUAUGCGGAGAAGGCGAGUGUGCAGGGAGGACAGUUGAGCUGGGGAAGUCUGAACAAAGGCACCGUCAGCGUGACGAUUCCGAAGAACACACCGUCCGGCGACUAUUUGCUGAGAAUUGAACAUAUUGCAUUGCAUCAGGCGAGCAACGUUAAUGGAGCGCAGUUCUAUAUAUCCUGUGCGCAGAUUACGGUUACGGGUGGCGGAAGCGGGUCGCCAGGUCCUUUGGUUAGCUUUCCGGGAGCAUACAAGGCGACAGAUCCUGGCAUCAAAGUUAACAUCUACUCUGGCGCCACUUCGUACACUCCUCCCGGCCCAGCGGUCUGGAGCGGUUAG